UCAUCAUUAUCAUCAUCAUUAUCAUCAUCAUUAUCAUUAUCAACAUGAAGCACGCUCGCUUUCUUACUUGGACCGCACUGGUGGUACAAUCAAUAAUUGCCAUAGGCUAUCAGUCUCCAGAUAUCUAUUCAGCCAUCUUUGAAGUGGACUUGAUAUCCCCACGCAACGAAACCUACACGCCCCAGGCGCUGAUGCCCAUCGUAUUCGCGUUGCAGAAUCCGUCUCUGAGUCCUGAUUUGGUGGCCUACAUCACCUGGGACUUGUUGGAAGGCAACAACUGGACUUCUCCAGGUUCCAUAAACGGAGGGAUCCUCGAGAAUCUUUGGUCGAACCGUUGGGCCCGCGAUCUUCACUUUCUUACCCGCUUUGUGGACACUCUCUCCUACCCGGAAGGCUUCUGGAACUUUACUUGGACACUGCAUAUUUCGAAUUGCUCUCAGAAUGAUAGCGACCCCCAAUACUUGAAGAUCCACAAAGACGUCGUCUUCACUGUCAGCCAGUCAGGGCAGGCACCCAGUCUCCAGGCCGCCACAUCUUCCGAUACGUGCGGCAUCCAAAGCUCCGAAGCGUUGAACGUAACUUCUCUCGGGGAUGUAUGCGGCUUCCUUGGGCCCAGUCCGACCACAAACCCGUGCGCGGCGACAGUCAACGCUUCCGCGGCGUCCAGUAUAUCGGCAGCAGCCACUGCCUGGGCCUGUGCCCCCGAAGAACGUUCGGCGUACCCCAACGUUACUUGUCCGACUCCCUCGUCCAAGUCUAACACCGCGGGACAACAUGGCAUGGCCGCAGCAUCGACAUUGCUUACGCUCUUUACCAUGGUGACUGCCUUGAUCCACCUUGGGUGAUGACGAUGUACCUAGUCCCCUAAAGCGGGCCUCUGGCCUGAUAGUGCAAGAGGCCCCUUUUCAUAUGUAGUAUUAAAAUCGAAAAUAAUUUGUCUUUAGUACUCGUCAGAUCUAAAUCGUUCACCCAUAAU